UAUAUUAUAUAAGUUUUCUUGCCAGCUUUAUGUAUAUAUUUAUUUAUAUAUAUAUAUAUAAAAAUAUAUAUUGUAAAAUAUAUCAAAUAUUUUAAUUUUUUUUUAUAUAUUAUUAAAAAUUAUUUUUUAAAACAAAAAAAAAAAUGUUGCAAAAAUUAUUGAGUAUAGAACUUUAGCCAUAAAACAAGUGUUUAUGAUAAAAAAUAAACAUUUCGCCUUAUAAACUCGGUUAUAGUAAUAUGCCAGUUAAAUAUUUUCAAAGGAGAGUCAGUGGGCCAGGAGCUUACGGAACUUCUAGUAAUUAUUUGGGAGAAAAUUCCGGUGAUCGAUAUAAUCACAAUUUGUUACAGCAAUCUUUAAUUAAUUUAACAUCUAGUAAUACUAUCAAUUAUCCAAAUGGUAAGAACGCUUAUUAUAAUAUAUUUAAAUUAGCAUCGUGCAGUUGCGAAUCAUUUAAUAGACAAAAUAAAUUAAAUAAAAUUUGUUUAAAAGAUGACGAUGAACAGAGUUAUCUACUGAUAUCAGAUAAUGAUGAUAGUUCAAGAAAAUAUGAUAAAAAUAUUGAUAAAGAAUUAUGCAGUAGCCAUCAAUGUACACCAGAUAAUAUAACAAAAUGCUUAAACGCUGAUUGUUCAUCUAUAAGUGAUUGUAAUAAUUCAACGAAACACUAUCGUGGUACAAUAUUAAAUUCAAAUGAUGUAACUUCCACCGGAUCAUAUGGAAAUUGUAAUUUAAGUGAUCAAAGAAUAUUUUAUGAUUAUAAGUGCUUUAAUCUUAGAAAUAAAAGAUAUUGUCAUGAUAAUGGUAUAUUAAGUUUAAGUAACUCAGAUCCAGUUACAGCCGUUGGUAGUCGUUUAGAUGAAUGCAGUAAAAUACGACAAAAUCAUUUAAGUGAUUGUAAUAUAUAUUCAAAACAAAAUAAUAAUAACGUAAUUGCAUUUUCAAAUAUAUUACAUAGAACAGCUAAAAGUAAAAUAUUUAAAAAUUUAACAAGUAGUCCAUCUAUAUUAAAUGUAAAAGCAAUUAAAGAACAUUCAAGAAGAUUGGGUAAUUUUUCAUUAAGAUCAAGAAAUAAUAGUGAUAAAUUAUAUAAUAAAAAUAAAAAUUUAACAAAAUCAAAUAUUGAUAAUAGUUUAUCAGGAGAUAAUCAAAAUAAAUGUAUAAAUUCUCGUUUUGAUGAAAAACAAACAUCAGCAACAUCAACAACAACAUCAACACCAACUCCAACAACUGCAUCAACAAAUAAUACACUAUCAAAUAAUAAUCAAAAUCAAAAUAAUAACAAAAAUUCGUCAACAAAUCAACAACAACAGAAGAACAAGCAAUUUAUAGCAAAGGGUGGUAUCAAAACAUAUCCAAUAACCCAUCAUCAAAAAGGAAAGGGUGAUGUAAGAGAUGGACGACGCCGGAAACGUGGUAAAGUCUAUAAUAGUAACUACAUAGAUAUAAUUAAUGAUUUGAAUAACAUAAGAAAAUUUUCGGUUUCGAAUGGUAUUAAAGAUAGCUUAACUGAUUUGACUGUAAGAAAAACCGAUUUUUAUCGUCAACUGAGCGCACCGACAACAAACUCUACAUCGAAAAACCCAUCAACUAAUAAAUAUAAUAAUAACAAUUGUUGUUUACCAUCAUCAAAACAGUCAUCCCGUUGUAUAUCUUAUAAUAGCAGUUUGAAUAAACCGCAUAUAAAAAAUAGGAUUCUUGGAGGAAACAGUACGGACUCUAUACGUUGUUCAUACUGCUCAACGGUUAAUCAAAGUGACUUAAAAAUUUCUGUUGAAAAUACCUGCACAGACUCUUUAGUGACUGCAAUUGAAGAUGAAGCUUUGCUAAUUUGUGAGUCAAUUAACGGAAUGGCUAGAACAAAGGUACAUUUUGACGACGUUUCACUAUAUGGAACGCCAAAAGAAGAACCAAUGCCACAGAUUCCAGUUGUUGCUGAAAAAAUAUCAGCAAAUUUCUUAAAAAAUCAAUUGCAGUCAUGGUUUCAGCCAACAGACAACCGGCUUGCCAUGAAGCUUUUUGGCAGCCGGAAAGCAUUGGUUAAAGAAAGAAUUCGUCAAAAAACAUCAGGACAUUGGGUAAUACAUCCAUGCAGCUCAUUCAGAUUUUAUUGGGAUUUAUGUAUGCUUUUGUUAUUAGUAGCAAACUUAAUAAUAUUACCAGUGGCGAUUUCGUUUUUUAAUGAUGAUUUAAGCACUAGAUGGAUUGCUUUUAACUGUUUGAGCGAUACAAUUUUUUUGAUUGAUAUAGUUGUCAAUUUUAGAACAGGUAUUAUGCAACAGGAUAAUGCCGAACAAGUUAUAUUAGAUCCAAGAUUAAUAGCGAAACAUUACCUUAGAACAUGGUUUUUUCUUGAUUUAAUUUCAUCGAUACCUCUAGAUUAUAUUUUUCUGAUAUUUAAUCAAAUUAUGAAAUUACAGGAUUUCUCCGAUUCUUUUCAAAUUCUUCACGCUGGAAGAGCGUUAAGAAUUCUUAGAUUAGCAAAACUGUUAUCUCUUGUUAGACUAUUACGGUUAUCAAGACUUGUAAGAUAUGUGUCACAAUGGGAAGAAGUAUAUAUUCUGCAGAAUUUACAAAAAAAAAGUGCUGACCGGAGAGGAAGAAAUCAAAAAGAUAAAGAUGGUUUAUCGAAAAACAACCUCAUACUAAAGUUUCUUAAUAUGGCUUCGGUUUUUAUGCGAAUAUUCAAUUUAAUAUGCAUGAUGCUGUUAAUAGGCCAUUGGAGUGGUUGUUUACAAUUCUUGGUACCAAUGCUUCAGGGAUUCCCGUCCAAUUCGUGGGUGUCAAUAAAUGAACUACAGGAGGCCUAUUGGGUUGAGCAAUAUUCGUGGGCCUUAUUCAAAGCUAUGUCUCAUAUGUUAUGUAUCGGUUAUGGAAGAUUUCCACCACAAUCAUUAACAGACAUGUGGCUAACAAUGUUAUCAAUGAUAUCUGGUGCAACAUGCUAUGCCCUAUUUUUAGGUCAUGCAACGAAUUUAAUACAAAGUCUUGAUUCAAGUCGCCGUCAGUAUCGUGAGAAAGUUAAGCAAGUUGAAGAAUAUAUGGCCUACAGAAAACUUCCCCGUGAUAUGAGACAGCGAAUAACAGAAUAUUUUGAACAUAGAUAUCAAGGUAAAUUCUUCGAUGAAGAAUUGAUUUUAGGUGAAUUAAGUGAGAAGCUUAGGGAGGAUGUUAUAAACUACAAUUGCAGAUCUCUGGUCGCUUCAGUGCCUUUUUUUGCAAAUGCGGAUUCUAAUUUUGUUUCUGACGUCGUUACAAAGUUAAAAUAUGAAGUUUUUCAACCUGGUGAUAUUAUUAUAAAAGAAGGUACUAUCGGAACCAAAAUGUAUUUUAUUCAAGAAGGCGUUGUAGAUAUCGUGAUGGCCAAUGGCGAAGUGGCAACAUCACUGUCCGAUGGAUCUUAUUUCGGCGAAAUAUGCCUUUUAACAAAUGCUAGACGUGUUGCUAGUGUUCGUGCUGAAACAUAUUGUAAUUUAUUUUCGCUUAGCGUUGAUCACUUUAAUUGCGUUUUGGAUCAAUAUCCACUUAUGAGAAAAACAAUGGAAACAGUUGCUGCUGAACGUUUAAAUAAAAUUGGGAAAAAUCCUAAUAUCAUGACACAAAAAGACGAAGAAUUAAAUAAUUCAGAAUCACAUACAAUAACUGCAGUUGUGAAUGCAUUGGCAGCAGAAGCUGAAGAAUGUAAAAUUUGUCAUUUUAGGGAUGAUAAUGAUGAUAAAGAAACGUAUGAUGAGUCACACGAAUCUGAUACAGUACAGACAAUAAAAAAGGGAUUACCAAGGCCAAAAAGUGGAGAAUUUAGGGCUCUAUUUGAAGGAAGCACACCUUAAGUUGUUUUUUUCUUUUUUGUUAUUAAUGCUGUUAUUAUAUAACUAAAAAAGAAAUUAAAAAUUAUAGAUUUAUCAGGAUGUUCUGUUUUAAAAGUUUAAUUUAUUAAUGUUAAGUUCUCAAAAAGAAAAAAUGAAAAAAAAAUGAAAAAGAAAAAAAACCUAAAAAACAAAACAAGACAUUAUGAAAAAAUAUCGUACAUUUUUAUUUGCGAAAUUUUAUAGAAUGUUUACUAAGAAAAAGUAUAUAUAUAUAUAUGUAUAAAAGAAAUCACAAAAAUUAACAAAUGUUAAAAAAACUUAAAAAGUUUACAAUUAAAAAAAAAAAAGAAAUAAGUUAUUAAAAAGCAAACAAACUCACCAUCGUGAUUCCCGUUGAAAACUAUUAUUUCGAUUUUAAA